AUGUCAACUCAAUCCAAUAUUUCUAGAACUAAUAUAAAUUCGUUCAACAAUCCAAUCUCACACAAUACUCAUUUACUGCAACAACAGCUGCAGCCUCAACCACAACCACAACAAUCCCAGUCACAACCUCAACCUCAACCUCAACCACAACCGCAACUGCAAUCACAACUGCAGCAGCAACAGCCAAAUGAUUCACUCUCCUACAAACUACUAUCUCUAACUGUUGAAACCUGGCUUGCUAUCGGCGCAUGCGCUGAAUCCAUGAACGAUGAUGAGAGUGCUGCCUCUGCCUACAAUAAAGUUUUGGCUCUAGUACCUGACAAUGUUGUUGCCUCCAUUGCCAUCGGCAACUUAUUCAGAGGCAGGGAUUUAUUCGCAAAAGCAUCUGAAUACUAUCAAAGAGCCUUGACAAUAGACUCCAAAAAUGGUGAUGUCUGGGGCUUGCUAGGCCACUGUUUCCUAAUGCUCGAUGACUUGCAAAGCGCUUACGGUGCCUACCAACAAGCUCUAUACCAUCUAAACAACCCCAAUGCUCCAAAAUUAUGGCAUGGCAUCGGUAUUCUAUACGACCGUUAUGGCUCUUUAGAAUACGCUGAAGAAGCCUUUGUACGAGUCCUAGAAUUGGAUCCAAACUUCGAAAAGGCUUCCGAAAUCUACUUCAGAUUGGGAAUCAUAUACAAACAUCAACACAAACUACGCGAAGCUUUGGAAUGCUUCAAAUAUAUCCUAGACAACCCCCCAAUCCCACUAACCCAACCCGAUGUCUGGUUUCAAAUUGGUGCUGUAUUGGAACAGCAAAGAGACUACACCGCCGCUAAAGAUGCCUACGAAAGAGUUCUAUCCGUCAACCCUAACCACUCAAAAGUACUACAACAAUUGGGCUGUCUUUACUCCCAAAAUACUGCUGAAUUCAAAGACUUUAGUAAAGCAUUGGCCCUUCUAAACGAAUCCUUGAAUAUCGACAGAACUGACGCUCACACUUGGUACCACAUUGGAAGAGUCUACAUGAUGACAAACGAUUACUCGUCAGCCUACGAUGCUUUCCAACAAGCUGUCAACCUUGAACAAAGAAAUCCAACUUUUUGGUGCUCAAUUGGCGUACUAUAUUAUCAAAUGUCUCAAUUUAGAGACGCUCUUGAUGCCUACACUAAAGCCAUUCGCUUGAAUCCUUACAUAUCCGAAGUUUGGUAUGAUUUAGGUACACUAUACGAAACUUGCAAUAAUCAGAUCUCAGAUGCUUUAGACGCUUACAAACAUGCCCUUAGUCUUGACCCAUCCAAUCCUCAUAUUCAAAAAAGAUUGGAAGAAUUAACUCAAUUCGAAGAAAGAGUAAUACUAAUGGUAUCAAUGGAAGUAUUAAUGGCAUUAAUGGCAUCAAUGGCAUUAAUGGCAUCAAUGGCAUCAACAGUCUUAAUGGAAAUCUUAAUGGAAAUCUUAAUGGCAAUAGGAAUAUCAAUGGGAGCAAUGGAUUAA